AUGGAAAGUCUGCAUUGUUUGCUGAGAAAUUUGAUACGUUUCAACAUUUCUAAGCUUUUUCGUAUGAUCAAGCAUUAUGGGAAAGAUUCAUUAAUAUUUAGCACGUCGUUUUCAAAACGACAGUCAAUUAGCAAAUACAAAGUGAUUUCAUCCGGUUUAAUCUUUAAACAACAAAACGAGCAAAGACUUACUUUUGAAAUAACUGAACAACAAACAAAAUAUUGUUUAAGUGUCAACAAAGUCUCGUGUAUAGAAUUACAAUUGAGAGUGUUUUGUAACGAAUGCCACCCAAGACAAAUUGCUUCACAGCAGUGCUUGAGAUUAUCGAUUUUAUUCGAUAAUUUGUUAUUCUUACGAUCAACCUUUGGAUUCUAUGAAUUCUACAAAGCAUCGUGA